AUGGAUGAUUUAAUAUUGAGAAAGUAAAUUAUAACUUAUAAGAUCUACAAGGGAAUUAAUUUUUAAUGACAUAAAAAACCCAGAAAUCUUGAAAAAUAUAGAAUAAAUUAAGUAUCUUUCAUGGUACGGAGAGUAUGAUCAAAAUAAAAGGAAAAUUGGAAAGUGGAAAGCUUAUUGGAAUGGAAAUGAAUUACGAGAUGUCGGGGGGUAUUACUAGAAUGGAUUAAAAUAAGGUUUAUGGAAAGAGUUAUUUAAGAAUUAUUGGAAGUAAAUAUUAAAUAAUAAUAAAUUAAUAGCUAAGCAUAGGUAUAUGAAAUUGGAGAAUAUUUUAAUGAUUAAAAAAGAGGGAGAUGGAAUUUUAUCUAUGAAAAUAAAAAGAUGUAUUAUUAUUAAUAAAAGGUAGUGGUUUUGGAUCAUACAAAGAGCAAGGUUUAAAGGAAGGGAAGUGGAAAGAGUUGAGUGAUAAAUUUUGGGAAGGAUCAUAAGUUACUUAUGAUGGUGAAUAUCAAAAUGGCAAGAAAGUUGGCAAAUGGGAUAUUUAGUAUUAGAACACCCACGAUAAUAAAUAGAUGUAAGAAUUAUAAAUUUAUUUUAGCGGUGGUGGAUUCUAUCAUCAAGGACCUAACGAGAUUAAGAUUGGGACAUGGAUUGAAAUAAGUAAUGGGUUUUGGAGAGAUUAAUAAAUCACCAAUAAAGGAUUGUAUAAAUAUGGGAAAAAGGUUGGUUUAUGGGAUAUUUGGUAUCAAAUCAAUUUUGGUAUAAAAAAAUAUUUCAAGAUGUAAAAAAUUAUGGGUAAACGACAUAGUGGUGAUGGAUCAUAUGAUGAAGAAGGAGACGAAAUCAAAAAUGGAAAAUGGAUUGAAUUGAGUGAUGGAUUUAGAGAUUACUCAUAAAUUAUUCAUAAAGGUAGAUAUAAAAAUGGAAAAAAAAUUGGUAGAUGGAGAAUUUAUUGGAGAUUUGAUAAAUAUCAUUAAAUGUAAAAUUAUAACUUAUAACAAAUGUGAUAGUGGUGGUGGUUAAUAUGAUCAAGAAGGAAAUGGAAUGAAGAUUGGGGAUUGGAUUGAAGAAAGUGAUGGGUUUUGGAGGCAUUCGUUUGUCACCUAUAAUGGUAAAUAUCAAAAUGGGGAAAAGGUUGGUAGGUGGGAUACAAAACUCAAUACAAAAUAAAUGUACACAUUAUUUUUACAACAAUUAUUUAGUGGUGGUGGUUUUUAUAGUGAAAAAGGUGAUGGGAUGAAGAUGGGCAGAUGGAUUGAGUUAAGAAGAGGGUUUUGGAGAGAUUUGUAAGUCAUCUAUGAUGGUGAAUAUAAAAAUGGAAACAAGGUAGGUAGAUGGGAUAUUUUAUUUUUAAGAGAAAAUGAGAAAGAAUUUACAAAGAUGUAAAAUGUUUUUACUAAACUUCUUAGUGGCGGUGGUUCAUAUGAAGAAAGUGGCAAUGGUUAUAAAAUAGGGAAAUGGAUUGAUUUGAGUUAUGAUUUUGAAAAAUAGAAUUAAAUAAUUUAUUGUUGUGAAUACAAUAAUAAUAAAAUAGUUGGUAAGUAAGUGAAAGUUAAUUUAUAAAAUGUAGUUGGUGAAACACAAUGUGAUAAUUGA